AUCUUCGCUCACUCUUCUUUCUUUUUUUCUUUCCACAAGCCAAUAGGUCUUUUUUUUUGUUUUUCUUUAUCGUCCAGUAGAUAUUGAGAAAACAGUGAAAAAAAGACUACAAAGGGAAAAGAAAAACAAGUUUUGAUAAAGGAAGUCUUUACAAAAAGCGAAAAGAAAAAGCGAGCUACUCAAAAGCAACAACCAAGCAGACGUAACUUUCUGUUGCUUUAAGACUCGACCGCGCCUCAUUACCAACAAGUACUACAAAACUUCGCACACCAUUCCGCCGCAAGUUUUGCAAGCUUCUUAUUCUGAAAAAUCAUCUCAAAAUGAAUCACACCCAAUUCAAUACCACCAUGCCGUCCAUUGCUCAACCAGCGAUGCCAUGCAACCAAACCACGUAUCAAGGCAACGGUUUCCUGACAGCGACCUUGUCCGGUCGCCCUACUUCCAUUCACGGGCCAUGCCAGAAGAUGCCACUACCGAAUUUUAUCCUCGUGUACCAGGAAUUGCCACCAUAAUGUAUCCCACUGCCUUAAACCAUGUAUCUCAAUGUUCCCCACCUACUGACACUGCUUUCACGGAUUUCCCCCUUUCGCAUUCUUCUAUUUAUUCUCCUUCUCCUUCGUUAUUUUCUUCCUCUUCCAACUCGCCUUCCCCUUCAACUUCGUCUUAUUCUACUUUUCUUCCUCACCGUUCUUCUUACCCAGCAUCUUCUGGCCCCGUUAAUGUUUCCGAAUUUUCUAUUGUACCGCCUUCUGAUCAGUCCUCGCCUGAUCAUCUUUUUUCCUCUUCUUCCAGCUCAGCUUUGUCCCGGUAUCCAACUCGUCAUCAACGCUUGGAACGACCUCACCCGUAUGCUCAUAGACCCGCUCGUUCUACUCGACGAUUCUCGACCAUUAAACCGACCCCACCCUGUUCAUGGCAAGACCAUAAGCAGCAGAUUGAUACUAUUUCCGAAAACGAUUACAACGAACCCUUGUCUUUGUUCGGCGCCAUCCCCGAACCUGUUACUGACUAUUCUUUAGCACCUCUGUUACCAUCCUCUGGAGCGUCUUUUGUAUUGAAUGAUGAUGAUGCCGUGUUUGAAGAAAUUCAACAGUUUACCGAUGCUCUCAUCCCAGCUGCUCAAGAUAUUCCUUCACCACCACCAUCACCAUUGAUAACCUAUUCCGAUGCCCAAGACGAUGAAGAUGUUUUUGAAGAUUUCGCAUUAUUCCCAUGAUAAUGUGUGAACACAUCUUUUUCUUUUCUUUUUCUUUUUCUCUCUGUUAUUUUCUAUUUUCCUCUUGAUUACUAUUUUUUUUGCGUUUCUACCUUUGCGGGCUCGAAUGUUUUUUUUUUUUUAUAUAAUCUCAUU